AGCGGCCACAUCCUGUUCAGUCCACCCCGCUAGACGUGUGAGGUCCCCGAGGGAAGAUGCGCGUCAAGAGUCCGAACGGAGUGGACCGGAGCUAAGGAGAGUCCACUGGUGGAAAGUUACACCGCUGGUCGUCCGGUACUAGGACGGAGCCGACAGGUGUUUUCUCUAUCUUCUAUUUGGACCUUUUAAUCCCCCUUUUCCCGUCCGAGCCAUGCCGUGGACACGGUGGCUCUUACUGCUACUCUGCUGGGGGGCCACCAGCGGCCAGUAUCAGCAGCGGCAGCCGGAGGUGGAUGACUUGUCCCCGGCUGUGGUGCGAGCGGACUCCCGCAGGCAGCGCUCGCCUCCGCCGGUGGAGCCGCUGGAUUUUGGGUUCGUCCCCGCGGCUGUAUAUGAUACACAUGCUUACUACGAACCAGGGGCCAUUGGGAUCCUCUUCCACAUGGUUCACGCCUUUCUUUACGUUAUUCAACCCAACUCCUUCCCCCAAGAUCUGAUUGUUAAAGUUAUUCAGCAAAACAUGGGAGGAAUUAAACUAGAAGAAUGGAGAAAGCCAGAAAACGUCGUUCUGCUGCUCCAGGGGGUAUACUACGAGGCCGGGUUCUUGGUGUGUGCAACGAUCGGCAUUAUCUUCGUGGUCAUCGUCCCUGUGUUGGGCAUGUGCUUCUGCGUGUGUCGGUGCUGCGAGAACUGUGGCGGCGAGAUGCACCAGCGGCAGCGGAAGAAUGCCGACUGCCAGCGAGGAUUCUUCACCGCCUCGCUUGUUGCCACCACCAUCUUCAUUAUUUUGGGUGUGCUCAUAGCUUACGCGGCGAACCACAACAUCAGCUCCCACAUCAAGAGCACUCGGCGCUUCAUCAACACCAACAUGAGGGACUUGAGGACAUUUGCCAACAACACUCCUGCGCAAAUUGAAUACUUGACAGCGCAGUACACGACGGCCAAAAACAAAGUCCUGUCUGAGCUCGACAAUAUUGGACCGCUGCUAGGCGGGAGGAUUCACAGUCAACUGGAGAAAGAGGUGGUUCCCUCCCUGGACACCGCCCUGCGAAUGGCAGGAGCUAAAGUUGAGAAUGCGGUCAAAGCCAUGCGGGAGACCAAGGAGGCCUUGGAGAGCGUCAGCUCCUCGCUGCAGAUCCUUCAAGAAGGCACGGAGAAGCUCAAGGACAGCCUGUCCGGAGAGCGAGCGUCGCUGUCCAACACUUUGUCUGACCCGGCCUGCACCAACGGUGCCGUGUCCCCCAGCUGUAAUGCCAUUCGCUCAACGCUGUUCCAGCUGGGGAUCAACGCUGACUUCUCCAAGCUCCCGGAUGUCAACUUCGCCUUGGCUAAUGUCCAUACUCUCCUGAAGACAGACCUCAGCAACAUAGUACAAAAGGGCUACUCAUCCUUCAAUGACACGCCAACGCUGGUCAAAGAGCAGACUAAAAAUAUUGUAUCAGGAGUGAAAGGUAUGCUGGAUAAGAUUGGCUUUGAGAUCAACGGCUUCGCCAAGAUGUUUCCUGUGGAAGCGUCUCUGGCCAACUUCACCAUUUUCCUCAACAAUGAACAGAAGAGGAUCGAGUCCUAUUAUCCACAGCUUGACCAGAUGGAUUUCUACAGGUGGAUCGGCUGCGUGGCGGUGCUCUGCAUGGUGGUCCUCAUCAUGGCAUUCAACGUCCUGGGUCUGCUCUGCGGCACGUGCGGCUACGACAAGCAGGCCACGCCCACCACCCGCGGCUGCUUGUCCAACACGGGAGGAAACCUGCUGAUGGCCGGGGUGAGCUUCUCCUUCAUCUUCGCUUGGAUGCUGAUGGCCAUUGUGACCACGCUGUUUGUUGCUGGGGGCAACCUGGAGAAGCUCAUGUGCGAACCGCUGGCCAAUAGACAGCUGUUCAAGAUUAUAGACACACCUUUCCUGGUCCAUCCCACCAAGAAGAACUUCCUACCUGGGAUGCUGUUUCAGAACCCAAACAUCGACCUAACCCUGGGAAGCAUGUACAGAGAGUGCUUUGAGAACAACGGUCUGUACCACGCUCUGCAGCUGGAGACCAUGUUCAACAUCAACUCCUUCCUCAACAGAACUGUGUACAACAAGGAUCUGGCCAAAGUGUUUGAGGGCGUGCAAGUGGACCUGCAGGACAUCACGCUGCUGGAGCAGGCGGGCAGAGACAACCUCAUCAACUUUGCCAACUCGGGGAUUGGACUCAUCGACUAUGAAGAAUACCUGGCUGAGGUCAAUAAAGGGGUCACGCUUGUGGAUCUUCUGACCUUCUCUACUGACUUGGAAGCUCAGGCUGACCAGCUGCCACGUGGCGCUCUGGAGAAUGCGCUGAAAGGUCACGCCAGCAGCAUCAGACAGAUUCACAGAGAACACGUGGUCCCCAUUGAGCAAGCAAUGAAAUAUGUCCGUGCGAGGAGCACCUUGACUCAGAGCAUAAGGCUGCUGCAAAGAACAUCCAGCGACCUACCAGUCAAGGUCACCAAUAUCCUGAGCGCCAUCGACGCCUCGGAGUAUCUCAUCACUAAUAACGCCUCGCAUGUGGUCAAGCAGGAAACAAAAGGCUAUGUCCAGAGCUUGGUGGGGUACUUCAAACAGUACACGGACUGGGUGCAAAACUCUCUGACUGCAGAAGUCGCUCAGUGUAAACCAAUCAGCAACAUUGUGGACAGCAUGGAGAUCGUAGGAUGCAGCUUCGUCCUAGACUCAGUGAACACGUUCUGGUUCGGUCUGGGAGGCUGCAGCAUCCUCUUGAUCCCCAGCAUCAUCUUCUCCAUCAAACUGGCCAAAUACUACAGAAGGAUGGACACAGAGGACGUUUUUGAAGACUCCCCCUAUUGUGACACCAUGACCCGAUUCCCUCGAGCCUCCGCCCCUCCCAGCCGCCCCGACUGGUGAUCCAAAGUGACCUCACCUCCAUCAAGAGCGGACAAGACAACUGGAACUGAAUCCGUCCUACACUGUAAGUGCUCGUUUCUUCUCCUCACGCCGACUCAGGACACAAACAAGAGAAGAAAGCCGAUUAACUUUUAGCCAUUGAAUUUCCUGGAUUGUUCCAGUUUUCCUGUUCAAGUCUUGAUUGAAUGAUUCCGAAACCAAAAGGGAAGAAAGUCUAAAACAAACUGGAACUGUGAAUUUUUUAACCUCCCCCAUGUGGCCAACUGUCAUUGAUUCACAUGACACAGCAGUCAAGCUUGUAACAAUUAUAAUAAUAAUAAUACAUUAUUUUAUAUCAUAGAUACUUUCAUGUGUAGACUUAUUGGUCAUGGGGACACACGUGUACAUUCUUUUUAUAUAAUUUGUUCAUGUUUGUUUUUCUAUAAUAUGUUUAGCAUUUCCUUUCUUAGAAAUAGUAGUUUCUCUCUUUACUGUACGACCGUAGCUAGCUGGCAUCAAUUGGGCUUAUUAGUUAUUUACUUACGUUUUGUAAGAAUAGGUUAAGGAAGAGAUUACAUUUUUCUUCCAAUGUUAGAAUUUUUUUUUAAUAUUGAUGUUGUUGUGAGAUGAAUACGAAACCAUCCAAUCGAUUUUAACAUAGCUUAGCUUAGCAACGGUAGACAGCACUUAAGGGGCUCACCAGCUAAUAUUAUUUUUGCAUUAAAAUGUCAGUUUUUUUGCCAAAUCAAACAAAAUACAGCAGAUAAAAAGCCAAACCGUUUUUAAGAAGAAGGCUUGUUCCACCUUUGAUUUAUUCAAAAUUGGGCCUAAGAAACAAUGAAAAUAUUAAAGCUGCGAGUAGCGUUGAACGGGCCCUCGGCACUCUUGCAUUGUGGGGUUCACUCAAUUCAGUCGAUGCCCUGACCCUCCACCAAAAACUUCAGGAAGAUCGGAGAAUGUGCAUCAGUUUAAAUUAAAAAAGUUAAAGUACAAAUGAUUGUCACACACACACACUAGGUGUGGUGAGAUUAUCUGCAUUUGACACAUCACCCUCACCCCCUGGGAGGUGAGGGGAUCAGUGAGCAGCAGCGGUGGCCACGCCCAGGAAUAAUUUUGGUGAUUUAACCCCCAAUUCCAACCCUUGAUGCUGAGUGCCAAGCAAGGAGGUAAUGGCUCCCAUUUUUUUAGCCUUUGGUAUGACUCGGCUGGGGUUUGAACUCACAACCUACCGAUCUCAGGGCGGACACUCUAACCACUAGGUGUGCAGAAACGACAGUUAGAUUGGCGAUUGCCUUGGGCAGUUUUUGUCACUAGUCGGUAGGAACAGGUACUGAUAUAUCAAGAUCUGAAUUUGUGGAGCCGAGUUAUUUACGUUUCAUAUGUUGUGGCGAGGCAGCACGGUGGAACAGGGGUUAGUACAUGUGCCUCAAAAUACGAAGGUCCUGAGUAGUCCUGAGUUCAAUCCCGGGCUCGGGAUCUUUCUGUGUGGAGUUUGCAUGUUCUCCCCGUGACUGCGUGGGUUUCCUCCGGGUACUCCGGCUUCCUCCCACCGCCAAAAACAUGCACCUGGGGAUAGGUUGAUUGGCAACACUAAAUCGGCCCUAGUGUGUGAAUGUGAGUGUGAAUGUUGUCUGUCUAUCUGUGUUGGCCCUGCGAUGAGGUGGCGACUUGUCCAGGGUGUACCCCGCCUUCCGCCCGAAUGCAGCUGAGAUAGGCUCCAGCACCCCCCGCGACCCCAAAAGGGACAAGCGGUAGAAAAUGGAUGGAUGGAUGGAUGGAUGUUGUGGCGAAUCAUCGGAACAAAGCUUGGAGCCAGGCCACGCCCACAUCUUAUGGCGUAGGCACAUUUUUUUUGGCAAUUUAUCAUCACCCCUAUGUGUAGUAUCUGUUAUUUUAACCAAGACUCAUUUGGUCAAAGUCCCAAGGAAGAGUUUGUAAAAAACCACGACCCCUUUUUUUUCGCCAAAAAAUGGCAAACAGCGAUCGGACCAAAGUUUGACGCCACACCACGCCCACUUUUUAUGGCAUAGGCAAAAUGUGUUCGCAUUUUAUCAUCGCCUAUAUGUGCAGUACCUGUCAUUAUAACCGCGACUCAUUUGGCCAAAAGCCCUAGGAGGAGUUGGUUAAAGUACGCCCCUUUUUUGCUAUACAGCCUACUGUGGUGGUAUAGCUCGGUUGGUAGAGCGGCAACUUGAGGGUUGCAGGUUCGAUCCCCGCUUCCGCCAUCCUCGUCACUGCUGUUGUGUCCUUGGGCAAGACACUUUACUCACCUGCUCCCAGUGUCACCCACACUGGUUUAAAUGUAACUUAGAUAUUGGGUUUCACUAUGUAAAGCGCUUUGAGUCACUAGAGAAAAGCGCUAUAUAAAUAUAAUUCACUUCACUUCACUUUUUUUCCCCAAAAAACAAGAUGGCCGACUUUCUGUACGUUUUCAGGUAGGAGUUCCUAAGACUUUAAUGUGCGUCCCGUCAUGAUAGGCGACUCCUGCGAUUUUCAUGUCGAUACGUGAAACUGGUCGGAAGGGUUAUUUUUUUUUCUAAUUUUAAAGGUGGCGCUAGAGAGCCAAUUAUGUUUAUUUAAUUAUUUAAUUUUCGGCACCCCAAAAAUAUUAAACUUUUUGCCAUACCUGAUGCACUGGCAAAUUAUGGAGACAUUUCAUGCAUGUUAAGGGCCUCAAAAAGGCUUUGAAACAUAUAGAAGAAAAAUCACAGCAAAUUCAAUAGGGCUUGCUCUGCUGCUCGGGCCCUAUUGAGUAUUUGUCAUGAUAAAACCGUGAUGUUAAUGUUUUAGGCAGCAUUUUUGCACUGUUGCUUGCCAUGCUAAUGCAAAAACAAGCUAUAUGAAUCACUAUUGGUAAUAUUAAUUUGUAUUUCCGUAAUUUUUUGUUCAUCACAAAGGUGUGAAAGGGUAUAAUGACAGGAAAAAUAGCCAAACAAAAGGUAUAUUCAGGAUUUGAACCUAUCUGUGGCAAACAUGAAAAAGCAAAACAAAUAUUUAUCGAAAUUUAGAUUAAUUUACUGUUUGGGGUGGGGGUGGAGGAAUAACCCGCUGCUUGUUGAGAUGAGCGAUAGUCCCCAAAAGUGUCCAACAAGACAAAAAAUGCUACUGGAUUUGCCGCUAGUUGGUUUUUUUUUAAAGACAACCUAAAGGGGUCUAAAUAAUAUUCACCCAUCCAAGUUGUAAUGACAAGCUGCAUUACUUAACAGUCCCAUCAUAAUGUGUUUAUGGGUGAGGGCGAAACAGUGGGAUAUUUUUUUCCGUUGCCAGAAAUAAAUGGGAAAUUUAUUUGGCUUUUAGACUAUAGACCAGUGGUUCUUAACCUUGUUGGAGGUACUGAACCCCACCAGUUUCAUAUUCACCGAACCCUUCUUUAGCGAAAAAUAAAAUGUUUUGUUUUUUUUCCAAAUUCAAGACAAAGUUAUAUGUUUUUGGUAACACUUUAGUAUGGGGAACAUAUUCUAAGUAAGAAAGACUUAAUAUAGAGUUUUUUUGGACACUAGGGGAACAUAUUGUAAGUAACAAAGACUCUAUUAGAGUUAUUUGGAGACUAGGGGAACAUAUUCUAAGUAACAAAGACUUCAUUUAGAGUUUUUGGACACUAGGGGAACAUAUUCUAAGUAACAAAGACUCUAUUAGAGUUAUUUGGACACAAGGGGAACAUAUUCUAAGUAACAAAGACUCUAUUAGAGUUAUUUGGACACUAGGGGAACAUAUUCUAAGUAACAAAGACUUAAUUUAGAGUUAUUUGGUUAGGGUUAGAGUUAGAGAGUUAGGUCCAGGGCUAGAGGGUUAGGGUUAUAAUAAGGCCGUGCCGAAUAAGGCAUUAAUAAGUACUUAAUAAUGACUAGUUAAGAGCCAAUAUGUUACUAAUUUGCAUGUUAAUAAGCAACUAAUUAAUGGUGAAUAUGUUCCCCAUACUAAAGUGUUACCAUGUUUUUUUACUGGUGCACAAAAUGAACCGUGCAUGAACAUCACCUUGUUCAAACAACAAAACCAACACAGUGCACCAACAAAUUACACACCUGCAAAUCAGUCUGACUUCUGCUGUAGUCGUAUCCGUAAUACGCCGAUUGGGAGAAGUUUUUAUUUACACGAUGAGUCGGGUGUGUUUUGACCUCCGCCGAACCCCUGAGGCCGAUUCACCGAACCCCUGGGGUUCGAUCGAACCCAGGUUAAUAACCACUGCUAUAGACUAUAUAUUCCAGUCAAAUUUGGAAUAGUUUGAAGUUCCGAGGGUUGACUCUGUCGUGUGUUAGUUUGUGAGCUGCUUCUACCAAGCCCUUGCUAAGCUAGGCUAAGCUAACGAGAAGUCAAAACGCUGUAUACUGCCAUGUCGUUUUUGUAACAAACGUGAAAGAGUAUGGAUCAAUGUUCUCACACUCCUAAUUAAGCAUUACCACAAGUACACAUUAGCCCCAGCUAGACUUACGGGCUACAUGACAAACACAGCCCAGCAGGCACAAGACAUUGAUACAACGUUGAUUAUACAUACAUGGCCUUUAAAACUGACUUUGAAACAACAUUGCAAAAUAGUUGUAUUUGUAAAUUAAGACAACGUUGGUGAAGUGACCAAAUUUCAAUGCUCAAAUCAACGUCACAACCAUACUUGCCAACCCUCUCGAAUUUUCCGGGAGACUCCCGAAUUUCAGUGCCUAUCCCGAAAAUCUCCCGGGACAACCAUUCUCUCGAAUUUCUCCCGAUUUCCAGCCGGACAACGGGCACACCCCCUCCAGGUCUGUGCGGACAUGAGUGAGGACAGCAUGUCGUCACGUCCGCUUGGCCAACCAAAAAGUAACCACAGAACACUAGUGUUCUGUGGUUACUUUUUGGUUGGCCAACGGUUUACGUUGUAUUGCGCACCCUGACGGCAAGUGUGGGAGUCGGUUCUGAAGUAUGAAGUAAAGAGACGUAACUUCAUCACCACGCCUGGUUAUUGACUCCAACCCAGAAUAUUACACUGCCCAUCCCUAUGCUCCUUCAAAGGCUGUGCUACUGGCUGCAAAGCAUUGCACUUUCAAAUACAACAAUGAGUAGAGAGGAGUGUUAUGUGUGUUUAAAUGUGUAAAUAAAUGAACACUGAAAUUGAAGUAUUUAUUUUAUUUAUAUGUACAUAUAUAAUAAAAUACAUAUAUAUAUAUAUAUAUAUAUAUAUAUAUAUAUAUAUAUAUAUAUAUAUAUAUAUAUAUAUAUAUAUAUAUAUAUAGCUAGAAUUCACUGAAAGUCAAGUAUUUAUUUGAUUUAUAUAUAAGAAAUACUUGAAUUUCAGUGAAUUCUAGCUAUAAAUAUACUCCUCCCCCUUAACCCCGCCCCCCCAAAUCUCCCGAAUUUGGAGGUCACAAGGUUGGCAAGUAUGGUCACAACCUGACAUUGAUAAACGUUGUCAAAAAGCAUGUUGUUUCAACGUUGUAUUUGUGUUGUAAAAUAUUGGUUGGGAAAUGACCAAAAUUCAAAGGUCAAAUCAAUGAUUAAACGUCGUCAAAAAGCAUGUUGUUUCAACGUUAUGUUCCAGUUGCUCAACAUCAGGACCUAAUUCAACAAGUUCACAACGUUGUUUCAAUGUCUUGCGCCUGCUGGGAGCAGGCUGAAAAUAAUACGUGUCUGACAAUUCAUUCUUUGUUUUUGUGGUUUGUUUGAAAAAGUGGAAGUUGCGGCAUCAGGGGACAAAAUUUGGGAACACAAAUCCAGACUUGUGUCCUUGAUGACCUCAGUAAAAAAGUGGAGUCCAACACAAGUGUCUGCUUUGUCGCGAAUGUAAACAGACGCUCUCAGUCCCAUAUAUAAAGAGGCGGGAACAUUUAUGGUGGUUUUUGGGGUGCUGACAGGUUUUACGUGGGCCGGGGGAGGGCGGUGGUGUAUAGAGAUGGCGUGAUGCUGCUGCUUCCAAUCUGAGGAGGAUAACACAACACUUGUGUGUGUGUCCCAAAACUUUUAUACCAGCUCACAUUUCCAGGUCUUUCUUUUUUCCUCUCCGUUUGAGUGACGGCUGUAAAAAUAAAACUUCCUGAUUGGACGCAGGGCGCGCGGCAGCAGACUAAA